UUAUUUAGAGCAGCAGCAUCACACUUCCAGAGAAUAACCCUCCAAAAAAAACAAUGAAGAAUGGAAAUGGCAGCCAAAGAAGCAUUUGCCUUCCAAUCUUAGCAUUAUCUUCUUUGUUUCUAUUUGGAUAUUUUCUAUUCAAUGAACACAUCAAUCUCUUCUCAUCCCUUCCAUUUCCAAAACUUAAAGAUCUUUCUCAAGAACCAUAUGCCAACUCCAAGAAUAUAUCAGUUCAAGAACAUGCCAAGAAGAUUCAGCCAUGGAAUCUUGAAGAAGAAGAAGAAGAAGAAGAAGAUGUUGUGGUUCCAGAAGAAGAUGUUGUGGUUCCAGCAGAAGACUGUAAUAUCUUCAAUGGGGAAUGGGUUCUUGAUACCUUAACACAUCCUCUAUACAAAGAAGAGGAAUGUGAGUUUCUUUCAGAAUCAGUGACUUGCCUCAGAAAUGGAAGGAUGGAUUCUUUGUACCAGAACUGGAGAUGGCAGCCUAGAGAUUGUCACUUGCCAAAGUUCAAAGCAAAAUAUUUUCUGAAGAAGCUUAAAGGGAAGAGACUAAUGUUUGUUGGAGAUUCACUGCUUCAUCAACAAUGGCAGUCUUUGAUCUGUCUGGUUCAGUCUGCUAUUCCUUCAGACAAGAAGAGCUUACUCAGCUAUUCUACUUCUCUCACUGUCUUCAAAAUUCAGGAAUAUAAUGCCACAAUAGAGUUUUAUUGGGCACCAUUCUUGGUAGAAUCAAAUUCAGACGACAUGUCAAAUAGAAAUGGCCAAUCAAAACGUAUAAUUUUUGCAGAAUCAAUCUCUAAAAAUGGUGAUAAUUGGAAGAAUGUUGAUUAUCUUAUUUUUGACACCUACAUUUGGUGGAUGACAUCUCUUCUUACCAAAGUAUCGAAAGGAAGAGGAUUGUUGGAUGAAGGGACAACAGAAUAUGAUGAAAUUGAAUUGCCAAUAGCAUAUGAGAGAGCUUUGAGGACUUGGGCUAAAUGGGUUGAACAAAAUGUCAAUCCAAACAAGACUUCUGUUUUCUUCAACAGCAUGUCUCCUACUCAUAUGAAGAGCUUGGAUUGGAAUAAUCCUGAUGGGAUCAAAUGUGCUAAUGAGACUACACCAAUUUUGAACAUGACCAAGCCAUUGGAAGUGGGCACCAACCACCAGCUUUAUAGUAUUGCAGUUAAUGUGACUCAAUCCAUGAAACUACCUGUCUAUUUUCUCAAUAUAACUACACUAUCCGAGUAUAGGAAAGAUGCACAUACCUCUAUUUACACCGCAGUUGAUGGCAAGUUACUCUCGCUAGAGCAAAAGUCUGAUCCGGCGAAAUAUGCUGAUUGUCUUCAUUGGUGUCUUCCAGGAUUGCCUGAUACAUGGAACGAAUUGCUCUAUACUCGUAUCAUCUCUGGUUCUUAAUUUAAAGAACUCCUGUUUCUUUUUCUUUUUUUUUUCUCUUUUUUUUUU